UCUUCCGUUUCCGGCGGGCUCGUUGCCGUGGUAACCAGCACGCACCCCCGCGGCGGCGGUUAUGGCCGGGCUCAGCGGCGCGCACAUCCCCGAUGGGGAGUUCACCGCGGUCGUGUACCGCCUCAUCCGCGACUCCCGCUACGCCGAGGCCGUGCAGCUGCUGGGCGGCGAGCUCCAGCGGAGCCCGAGGAGCCGCGCCGGCCUGUCGCUGCUGGGCUACUGCUACUACCGCCUGCAGGAGUUCGCGCUGGCCGCCGAGUGCUAUGAGCAGCUGGGCCAGCUGCACCCCGAGCUGGAGCAGUACCGCCUGUACCAGGCCCAGGCCCUGUACAAGGCGUGCCUCUACCCAGAGGCCACGCGGGUGGCCUUCCUCCUGCUGGACAACCCCGCCUACCACGGCCGGGUCCUCCGCCUGCAGGCCGCCAUCAAGUACAGCGAGGGCGACCUGCCCGGGGCCAAGAGCCUGGUGGAGCAGCUGCUGAGUGGGGAAGGGGGCGACGACAGUGGGGGCGAGAACGAACUGGACGGCCAGGUCAACCUGGGUUGUUUGCUCUACAAGGAGGGACAGUACGAAGCCGCGUGCGCCAAGUUCCUCGCGGCCCUGCAGGCUUCGGGCUACCGGCCUGACCUCUCCUACAACCUGGCUUUGGCCAAUUACAGCAGCCGGCACUACGCCCCGGCGCUCAAGUACAUCGCCGACAUCAUUGAGCGUGGCAUCCGCCAGCACCCGGAGCUAGGCGUGGGCAUGACCACGGAGGGCAUCGAUGUGCGAAGUGUUGGCAACACCUUAGUCCUUCACCAGACUGCCCUGGUGGAAGCCUUCAACCUCAAGGCCGCCAUCGAGUACCAACUGCGAAACUACGAGGCGGCCCAGGAAGCCCUCACGGACAUGCCACCUAGGGCAGAAGAAGAGUUAGACCCCGUGACCCUGCACAACCAGGCGCUCAUGAACAUGGAUGCCAGGCCUACCGAGGGGUUUGAAAAGCUGCAGUUUUUGCUCCAGCAGAACCCCUUCCCUCCGGAGACCUUUGGCAACCUGCUGCUGCUCUACUGUAAGUACGAGUAUUUUGACCUGGCAGCCGAUGUCCUGGCGGAGAAUGCCCAUUUGACCUACAGGCUGCUCACACCCUAUCUCUAUGACUUCCUGGACGCCAUGAUCACUUGCCAGACAGCCCCAGAAGAGGCUUUCAUUAAGCUGGACGGGCUGGCAGGGAUGCUGACUGAACAGCUCCGGAGACUCACCAUACAAGUACAGGAAGCAAGACACAAUAGAGAUGAUGAAGCUGUCAAAAAGGCAGUGAAUGAGUACGAUGACACUCUGGAGAAGUACAUUCCCGUGUUGAUGGCCCAGGCAAAGAUCUACUGGAACCUUGAGAAUUAUGCAAUGGUGGAAAAGAUCUUCCGCAAGUCUGUGGAAUUCUGUAACGACCAUGAUGUGUGGAAGCUGAACGUGGCUCAUGUCCUGUUCAUGCAGGAAAACAAAUACAAAGAAGCUAUCGGUUUCUAUGAACCCAUCGUCAAGAAGCACUAUGACAACAUCCUGAAUGUCAGUGCUAUUGUGCUGGCUAACCUGUGUGUUUCAUACAUUAUGACAAGUCAGAAUGAAGAAGCCGAGGAGUUGAUGAGGAAGAUCGAGAAGGAGGAAGAGCAGCUGUCCUAUGAUGACCCAGAUAAGAAAAUCUACCACCUCUGCAUUGUGAAUUUGGUGAUAGGGACGCUCUACUGUGCCAAAGGAAAUUACGACUUUGGUAUUUCUCGGGUUAUCAAAAGCCUGGAACCCUAUCAUAAGAAACUGGGAACUGAUACGUGGUAUUAUGCUAAAAGAUGCUUCCUCUCCUUGUUAGAAAACAUGUCAAAACAUACGAUCAUGCUUCGUGACAGUGUUAUUCAAGAAUGUGUCCAGUUUCUACAACACUGUGAACUUUAUGGCAGGAACAUACCUGCUGUUAUUGAACAACCCCUGGAAGAAGAAAGAAUGCAUAGUGGAAAGAAUACAGUCACAUAUGAAUCCAGACAGUUAAAAGCUUUGAUUUAUGAGAUUAUAGGAUGGAAUAUAUAGUUAUGUCUGAUAAUGUCUUUAUCAUAAUAGUUUUCUAUAUCUGUAUUUUAUAGUUGUAUCUCUAUUUAGCUAUCAUCAUCUCUACAUUUGUCACAUGUUAAACUUUGUACAUUUGAAAAUCAUAUUAGAUUAACAUUAUUUUAACUUUGACCUAGAAAGAUACAUGGAAAAUUAUUUUUACUUUAACUAUUUUACUUCUUUUAACUUUAACCUAGAAAGAUACAUGAAAAAUUUAAAACUGAAUUGGUACUCUGUGCUUAUUGGGACUUGUAGUGCCCAUGUUCCCUCUCCUUUUUUAUCAGUUGUGCUUGGCUGUAUUUAGAGUGUCCCCUGUACAGGGAUUACAAUUUCCAGCACUAUCUUGGCAUGAUCAAGCCCAGAACAAAGUAGUUAACAUAGAGGAUUUCUAGGCUUUUAGUAUUAAGUUUUAGGGAUUGUGUGUUCUAUUCUCACAAGUUACCCUCAUAUUAAUUUAAAAUGCACACAUGUUGCAUAGAAUUUAAGAUGUUUUGGCAGGGUUUUUCAAUAUAGAUUUAACACUUUCUGUAAUGAAAAUUCCUUAGGUGAUAAAAGUUCUUGUUUUCUUAAUGGACAAGAUUCAGUGGGAAAUCUUGUGCCCUUAACAAAAUUAUGGUGCUAUGGUAUAAAGACAAUAAACAAUUGCUAAAAAAAACUUGA